CCUCGCUGCAUGUGUGUCUGUGCGUGUGCGUGUAGGAGAGAGAGUGCGCUAAAGAAGCCCAGCCGCCAGUCGGAGAGCUAGAGAGCGAAGGGAGAGGGAUACCGGGGUAGAGGCGAUAAAGCAUCUGAGACGGGAGAAAGAACAGGAGUGUGAUACAGCUAUGAAAAUCAUCCAAGCUAUUUGCCUACUGCUUCUCUGUCCAGCAUUGAGCCUCAACACCAGACAGAGCUACGGCGCACUGGAAAAAAAGCUAAAGGACGUCUUCAGCGAGCGAAGCACCAUCCUGCACCAGCUGUCCAAAACAUCCAAGGAGCUGGACAGCAUUAAGGGAAACCUUCAGUCUUUGCGAAAUGAUGACUCACUGGCUAAGAAGGACGUGCAGAGGAUUCUGGAGCUCAGCCACAAACAAAGAGAUGAGAUGAGGUCCCUCCAGGCAGCCCUGCAGAAGCAGCUGGAUGAGGCCAAUGAGAGAGCAGAGAAGCAGCAAGCCACGGUGAAAUUAAUAAAAGUGGAAAUGGAGAAAAAGACGAAAAUCAUUAAGGACCUGCAGCAAGAGAACAAGAGCUUGAAGAACAAACUACUGUCUGGAAAUAAACUUUGUGACGCAUAUGCUGAAGAGUCCAAAAAGAUCCAGGCUCAACUGAAAGAGCUGCGUUACGGGAAGAAGGAUUUAAUUUUUAAGGGGCAGCAGCUAAUGGACCUGGAGCACAAGUUAACUGUUGCCAAGGAAGAACUGGAGAAGACUGCGCUCGACAAAGAGUCGCAGCUAAAGGCGCUGAAGGACACAGUUCACAUCUGCUUCUCAGCUGUCCUGCACAACGAUCCCAGCGGCAGUCACAGAUUUCCCACUUCCCCCACCCAUUUGUUCCGAUACUCAUCGCUCAUCAACAGCUCCAGAGUCACGUUCCAGCAGCCACAUGCCAAGGAUAUCUCCAAAGUCCAGAGAAUUGUCACUGAAAGCAAAUCCCCCAUGAACAUCGGAGUAAUAAGGAGACAGAACGGCAGAGUUAAAGAGUGCAAAACAGAAGAGGCCGGCGCAAACUGCACUCAAAACCAGACAGAGGACACAACUUCAGAACGUAAAAAGGUUUACGAUCAACAGCAGCAGCAAAGCAGCCCAGAGCAGAGCGGGAACGUCAACACAAAGCGCUCAGACGCCAGCGGAGUUGCAGAUGGAGGCAGCAGCAAAAAGACACAGACGCAAGACAACUGAGUGGACGACGAAUGAUACACAACGCAGGAGUCCACUAUUGCCUGAAUGAUCUUUCUAAGAGCACACACAUUAACACGCACACACACGCACGCACACACGCACACCAGGAGACUCACAUGACGAAUACAACUAACAAUCACUGUGUCUUUGCCAAGACACAGGAAUUGUCAAAAAAAAUCAUCCAUAGUAAAACGGCAUGCAUUGUAGAAAACUAUUUUUUAAUAAGGUAGCAAUGGCACUGGUUACUUGUUUCAUAGUCGUUGAUUUGUUAUUUACUUUUAUUCUGAGUGAGCACACGGCUUUUUAAAUGUGUGAUUUUUGCUAAAGGUCCCUUUGCACUGGUGAAGUCUCACACUGUAUCCUGUAAUGAAUAUCUAAAUUGAGAUGCGAAUCCUAGUAUAGUCAUCUACUACCAAACUUAGACUAUUGUUUAUGACUCAUCGUAGCAGGUUUAUUUACUCCUCCACAUUUUGAAUAAUAGAGGGUCAAGUUGGCUGGCCAACUGUUCAACAAUUAAUAUUUCAGCACUCUUUCUGCCUCUAACACUCCCGAGGCAAAGAGCCAAAGACUCACAAUGGGUCGUCUCCCUGAGAAUGUGCCAUGCACUGAGUAGUAACUCCUAGCUACACGUCUCUGUGUUAUCUGACCUUUCUGUGUCCUUUCAAUAAACUGUAAUUUUCAGUAAAUGUGUGAAGAAUAAAUGGUUCUUUGUGGAGAAAAGAAAACGGCUGAGUGCAUUU